AUGCAGGGGCAACGAAGGAGGGUCUACAAGGGGACCCCAGUGCGGGGCAGUCCCCGCCCCCUGCAGACCACUGUCGUCUCAGAAAGGCACCAGCUGAGCGUGAUGACCCACAAAGGCCCACAGGCUGGCCACCUGUUUGUGGGUAACCCCAAGGGGCUGGCCCUGACCUUCUGGAAGCUGCUCUACACAGAGCACCUGCUAGCUGAGGGUCCGCCAAACACCAACGUUACCCACAAUACAGGGAGCACCGUGCUGUGCCCAGCUCUCUACAGACCUGACUGGGCGCACGGAGACGUCGCGUCCCCGCACGCCGAGACGGGGCGCCCCACAGCACCCCUCCUGUUGGAGCUUUCCCUCCAGCACGUGGAGAGGCUCCUCCUGCGUGCGUCCCGCUACCCGCCAGGCCCGGCGGCGGCGGCCGGGGAGGGCGCGCCCGAGGCGCGGGCCAAGUCGGCAGUGCGCGUCCGCCUGGAGGACCGCUUCAACAGCAUCUCCGCCGAGCCCCCGCCCGCCCCGCGCGGCGCCGAGUCCCCGGAGCCGGGCGUGGCGCUCAACAAUUUGGUAACUCUUAUUCGACAUCCAUCCGAAUUAAUGAAUGUUCCUCUUCAUCAGCAACAGAACAAAUGUACAACGUUAGUGAAAAAUAAAACUGCUGCUGCGACCGCCGCUUUGCAGUUCACUUACCCGCUGUUUCCCACAAACUCCUGCUCCUCGGGCGGGAGCGCCAGCCUCUCGCAAGCACAGAGUUCUAGUAACUCCUGUUCUAUACUUGAAGCUGCCAAGCAUCAGGAUAUUGGAUUGCCUAGAGCAUUUUCUUUCUGUUAUCAGCAAGAAAUUGAAUCCACUAAACAGACUUUAGGUAGUAGAAACAAAGCUUUGCCUGAGCAGGUUUGGAUUAAAGUGGGAGAAGAAGCGCUAUGUAAACAAGCCAUAAAUAAGAGGAGUCGGAGUAGAAUCCGUCCGCUGGACACACACUUAGAACGAAGAGCGCUGGGAGAGAUUCAGAACGUGGGCGAAGGCUCCAUGGCCGCACAGGGUGCCUGGCAGUCCGCGGAGUCCGCGCAGUCCAACCUCGGGGAGCAGACCCAGAGCGGGCCCCAGGGAGGAAGGUCCCAGCGUAGGGAGAGGCACAACCGCAUGGAGAGAGAUAGAAGGCGCAGAAUCCGCAUUUGUUGCGAUGAGUUGAAUCUUUUAGUCCCGUUCUGCAACGCCGAGACCGAUAAGGCAACAACUCUUCAGUGGACCACAGCGUUCCUGAAAUAUAUUCAGGAAAGACAUGGAGAUUCUCUUAAAAAGGAAUUUGAGAGUGUAUUUUGCGGCAAAACUGGCAGAAGGCUCAAGUUGACCAGGCCAGACUCCUUGGUGACAUGUCCCGCACAGGAGAGCCUACAGAGUAGCCCGGCCAUGGAGAUCAAGUGACCGGGACUGGACACUCAUCCUGGGACGGGCUCGGUCGUUCCCUCGUGGCCCAUAAACGUUCUCUACAGUCCUGGAACUCGGCUCUGACAGUUUCACUCUAAAGGGACAUGACUCAAGUUGAUGGGACUCCAGGGGGGACUUUGGAAGCACAUUUUGUAAAAAUAUUUAUCUAGAACAAAAUACUUGUCCACUCAUGUCCUCUUAGACCAUUUGGGGAUGAAGACAUCUUGAUAAUUAGUAAGUAAUUUUCAAUUAUCUGUCUGAUUCCAUCAUGUUUUCUUAACAUGAUAUCUUAAAAAAUUAACAUCUUUUGUAAUUUCUUUAGUCCUAAAAGGUACAUUGCUUUUUAUUUAUUUUAUCUACAUUUUAAAAUAUGCCCCCUUAGCAACUGGAACAAGUUAAAUUGUUCUUAACUAGAAGCAGUUUGGAAUUUUAUUUCACUUGUUUAUCACUUCCCCUUGUAAGGACUUCGUCUCAGGGUACUGUAUUGCAAAAUGCAGUCCUAUUUUAAACCUUUUGCUAGAAAUUUUCCAGAGACUUCCUUUAAAGCUACUUUUGUCCAUAAAUGAGACACUGUCACGGUAGAUUGCUGCAGUGCCCUCAUUCUCAUACUGAGAGUCUGACUUUCUGUGUAAUAAACUGUAGUGUUCGGAACUGA